AUGGUAGGAUCAGAGACCGGGUCAGAGGAAGUUUGCGCAGCCGCUGGGAGCACACGGGCACCGUGGACCCAGAGAAGUCAGGGCUGCGUGGGGAAGCUUCGAGGAAACCCUUAUUGGGCUUUGGGGAGACCCGGUACAAGGCAGGCCACCCGCAGGGAGACGGCAGCAGUGGCCUCACGCGUGACCGCUCCUUUCUGUCAUUUGCUUGCAGAUCAACAAAAAACUACAGUGAUUGAAAACGGGGAAAUCAGAUUCAAUGGAAAAGGGAAAAAGAUCCGGAAGCCUCGGACCAUUUAUUCCAGCCUGCAGCUCCAGGCUUUAAACCAUCGCUUUCAGCAGACUCAGUACCUGGCCCUUCCCGAGAGAGCCGAACUGGCAGCUUCCUUAGGACUGACACAAACACAGGUGAAGAUAUGGUUUCAGAACAAACGCUCUAAGUUUAAGAAACUGCUGAAGCAGGGCAGUAACCCUCAUGAGAGUGACCCCCUCCCGGGCUCGGCGGCCCUGUCGCCGCGCUCGCCGGCGCUGCCUCCAGUGUGGGACGUUUCCGCCUCGGCCAAGGGCGUCAGUAUGCCCCCCAACAGCUACAUGCCUGGCUAUUCGCACUGGUACUCCUCUCCACACCAGGACACGAUGCAGAGACCACAGAUGAUGUGAGUUGUCCCAGGGAACACCCUAGGGAAACAUCUGAAGAAGACCAGGAGGAUCCGGAACCUGUUUGCAUCUGCCAAACAGAGCCGAAGGAGCAGUCUCGGGAGAACUCGUAUGUGUGAGGAGACACCGGCCGGGCGCUUGCUCUUUCUCUCUCUGGCUUCUUUUCUCACUCUUUUCUACUUUUCAUCCCUUUUCCCCUUUCCUCUAUUCCUUCCCUCCUUCCCCUUUCUUUUUUUCCCCUUUCCUUUCCUCAUCUGCCUUCUCCCUUGAACAACCUCAGUAAUUGAUCCUGCAUCUCAGAGACAGAGAGAGGAAAGAGAGAGAAAGACUGGUUUCUAUGCCGGCACUUCUGAAACCCCUCACUGUAAGGAUAUUUUCCCUAACCCCUUGGGAUCCAGACUCUGAGCCUCCUCUCUUCUCUUUGGGAGUAUCCAUCAAAAUGACUUUUCUUUUUACAGACAUUUCCCCUCCACCAGAAGAAUCUGCACAAACAUGGCAGCGUUUUUACUUGUUUAAUGAGCUUAAGACAUUACAUGAUGAAAGAGAAGCAUUUGGGACUCCUGCAUUUUUAUUUACCAAUCCCAGACUGACAAAAAACAAAAAACAAAAAAAGA